CCCGUAUAACUGAACAGUUCAGACAGAAUCCUUUCAUUCGCCGUGUGCCUGUCUCUGGUGUUGAGUGACUAUUUGAUGAUGUCUAAAUCGUGUGACAGACAAGGUGGUACAACAGGUAACCAAAGCAGAGACCAGGCGUCCAAUGCAGUAUUGAAUGGAAGAGUCUAUCACAGUACACCUUCGAAGGUUCAUAGUAGAGUUGUCAAGUCGAGAGCAAGCGGCUUGCAGGUUAACAAGGCGACAACCAGUAGAGUAUUUGACACCAGCCUUUCUUCUAUUCAUACGGAUGGCACAGCACGUCCUUUUAUUCAAGACUUAAAUCCUCCCGAGCAGCUCUCAACUCAGUUAGAAAUGUUAAGUCAAGCUCUAAGGAACAGCAAGAAGAGUGAGGAUGAGAUGGGUCUAAUCUACAAACAGCAACAUGAGUUGCAAUUGCUAAUGGCAGAAUUAAGGGACAGAGACAAAGAGUUGAACGAGACUGUGUCAGCUCAUCAGAAACAACUUGAUGCAUGGGAUGCUGACAGAAGGAAGAUCUUGACAUUGGAAGAGAGAUACAGCAAAUGCAAAAAGGAUCUUUAUUCUAAGGACAACUAUAUUAACCAUCUUGAGGCAAAAGUGAGAACUCUGGAAGAACGUGAGCACUCGCACAGUCAAGAACUAGAAACAACACAAGUGGAACUGCAGCAAGCACACAUCGAGACCGACCAUGCCAGCAAAGAAUUUCAAAAGCUUAAGUCUCAUCAGCAAGCUUUGCAGAAGAGUAUUAGGAUACUCAAAGAGCGAGAAGACUGCCUCAACAAAGACCUUCAAGAAAAGAAUAGCGAGAUUUCUGAGAAAACUGAUGUCAGCUUCAAGUUAGAGAGAACUUGUACUGAAUUGGAAGGGAAACUGCAGGUUAGUGCAAAAGCAGAGGAGCUGCUGAAGCAAGAACUUGAAGCACAGAGAGAAAUAAUUUCAGACUUGAGACAAGGGCAGGAGAAACUGCACACUCAGAAAGAUUUACAUGUUGAAGAAAUAACAUCGCUGAAGGAAGAGCUUGCACAAACUAGGGAGAGAUGUGCUUAUUUGGAAAGGGAACUUCAGUUAGCAGGUGAAACAGACCAACGUAAAGAGCAACUGCUGUCACUGCAAAGAACGAAACAGCAGAGAUCUGACACUGAGCUGUCAAGCAUUAGACAAUUAUAUGACCGACAGCAGAGAGAGUUAGAACUGCUUCGACUUAACCUCAGCAGCACUCAAGAACAAAUGAUUAAACAGGAGGAGGAGCUAAGUUUACACAGACAUUCAUCUACUACACCAACACCUGAAAAGAGUCCUGAAUUUCACAAGAAGUCACAAGGAUUACCAAAUAACUAUUCAAGGGUGUCCACCGGAUCUGCUAGCAGACUAAGAGAAAGUCCUGUGUUUGGUGAUCAGAGAAGUUUACAUCCUCUUGUGUCAACAGCAGAUAUGCAACAAGAAUUAGGUCAGCUUGCUACAGGACUCAGAGACAAACUGGCAAGUAUAUUUCAAACUGAUUCUCCAGCAUUGCAAAUUGAUGUCAAUGAAGGGAAACAUGACUUUGAUGAUACAUCAUCUGUCAUUAGUUUUGCUGAGUUGCCUUGUGUGAGUCGGUCUGAUCUUAACUCUGAUCUCAAUUCGUCAAGCCAGUUACAGAAACUGCUAACGGAGUCUGAGAAUCUUGCCAGAGAAAUGAAUGCAAGUCAGAGGUUUCAAGCUCAUGCAUCAGCAACAUGAACAGUGCAUGAGUGCAGGUGUUGUACGCGACAUCCUUAACUGCUGAUCGAUACAAGACAACGGAGGUGUUAUGCUAGAUAGUGAAAUUAUUCUAAGUUAUGGUGCCUGGAAAUUGCUCUAGAAUUUUAAUAUGAAGCAGAGUAU